AUGGCAGUGAGGAAAGAAGUAUUUCAAUCAAAGGUUCUCCGGAAGCUAUAUGCCAGUGCACCAACGCUACAGAAGGAGUCUACCUGUUCAACACUCAACACAAAUGAUUGCACGAAACUUACAACCAAGAAAAUCCCAUCAGAAAACUCCAGUACAGGAAACGCCAGCACUCCUGCCAAGCGCAUAUAUACUGUCUUACCUCCUCCAGCAGACUACAAGACACAUGCUGAAAAAUCUGUCACACUGCCUGCACCUAAAACCCAAGUGAGUGCAGAAGACCCAGCUGAAAAGAAUGAAGAAGACAGCAGUUGUGAGGAACAUCAGGCCAAGGAUCAUGAGGAAAAAAAGAGGAGGAGGAGGCGGAAGAAGCAGAAACAUCAUACACCUGGUCUCAACCAAACCAAAUCUGUAAACGAGGGAGAGGAGCGACUGAGCAAAAAUAAAAAACGGAAGCUGAAAAAGAAAAGGCACAAGGAGAAGCUUCUCUCCAUGGGUCUGCUGCCACGAGCUGCUGCUGUCGAGGACUGCAUAAGUGAGAAGGCAGGUUUAAUGCCUCGCACAUCUUUCUGGUAA